AUGCUACUACUAGUUAUAUUACUUUCUAUUUCAUAUCCAAUUUUUGCAGCCACUGAGUUGCAAAAUUCAACUGCUACAAAAAUGGUUAUCUUAAAUUUAUCACUUUCCCCUGAAAAUGUAUAUUACAUCCAGAACCUCACCCUUGGGACACCACCUCAACCAAUGGAAAACGUAAUCAUCGAUACUGGUUUACUGGACUUUAUUAUUGGUUCUUCAUUAUAUGAUAGUAGAAACUCAACCAGUUUUAUCGACACUUUUGAAAAAUAUCUUACCCCUGAUCUAUACACUAUCAACCGAGUAUUUGAAACAAUAUCUGGACCUAAUUGGACUUUACCAGAAUAUACAUUUGGGUAUGCGAACAUGCCAUAUAUUGGAAUGUUUUCUGGAAUACUUGGAUUAGGAUAUAUUAAACAAGAAUCAAUGAAACCUAAUUAUGAAAAUUUCCCCAUGGCAUUAAAAUCACAAGGAUUAAUCUCAAAAGCAAUUUUCUCAAUAAAUGGAAGAGAAGAUGAUCAGGCACAAAUCGUAUUUGCGGCAGUGAUUGAGAAUGCGUAUCAAGGUUCAUUGGUUAGAGUUCCUUUCAUUAAAGUGUUCACUUUAGAACAGCAAGCUGAUUAUUUUUAUGUUCCGUCAUUUACUGUUAACAAAAUUACUUUUGGUAAUAUUGUUAUAUCUUCACAAAAGACCCUUUAUGAAAUUCAUAUGAGUGGUAGUGAAUUCAUCACACCUGAACCAGUUUAUUUGAAUAUAAUGACUUUACUUGGACAAGAUUUUAUAGCUGUUAGAGAGCAAACUUAUUUUGAUUUAGAAAUUGUUCGUGAAAUAAAUAUCAAUAUAUCUAUUCAAGGGAUAAUACUUACAUUCCCAUUACUUGAAUUGGCAGGUGAAGUAUUGGAAAAUCAAGGCAAGACUUAUAUUACAUUAAAGCUUGCAUCUUACAAAAUCGGAUAUGAUGCCUAUGUUGGUGUAUUACCUGGCUGUUUAAUGAAAUAUUAUUAUACGGUUUUUGAUUAUGAACUGAAUUCUAUCUACUUUGCCAAAUAUAAGCUGGUGCCUAAACAGACAAAACGGUAUAUUUCUUAUACUGAAGAUGGUGACUUCCCCGUACCUGCUGUUGAUGUUCCAAAUCCUCAAGAUACUUACUCUGCAAUUUAUAAGGACGAAUUGGAAAUUAAAGUAACUGAAUCAAUUAGCUUUGUCAAUAAUGGUACCUUCUAUACCAAUGGUAGUGAUGAUUCUUCGAAUAAUAUUAUGGUGCCAAGUCUUUGUAUUAUUUUCUUAAGUUUAUAUAUUAACUUUUUUGUUGUUUAA